AUGGUCCUCCACCCGGCCAUCCGGGCGGCCCGAGCGGGCGACCUGCACGCCCUGCGGGAGCUGGCAUCUUCCGGCCUUCUCUCAUCCGCCGUGGACGCUCAAGGCGCCGGAACCGUGCACCACGCCGCCCGCUGCGGCCGCCUGGAUUGCCUCCGCUACCUGGUGAGCGAACGCGGCCUGCCGCCCGACGCCCGGGCCGCCAACGGGGCCACGCCGGCCCACGAUGCGGCGGUCACGGGACACGUGAGGGAGCUGAGGUGGCUGCUGGACGAGGCGGGAUGCAGCGUGCAGGACCGGGAUGCGUCCGGCGCCACGGCACUGCACUUGGCCGCUCGCUUCGGUUGCGUGGAGGCGGUCCGCUGGCUGCUGUCCGUCGGAGACUCUGCGGUGGAGGAAGCGGAGACCGAGUGCGGUGCAGUGGCGGCUCACUACGCCGCCUUCAACGGCAAGCUCGGCUGCGUGGAGCUGCUUGUUGGCCACGCGCCACGGUGCGUGAACUGGCAGAUGUCCACGGGGGCCACGCCGCUCUACCUGGCCUGCCAGGAGGGACACGUGCACGUGGCCGAGUACCUGGUGGAGCGCUGCGGUGCCGACGUGCACGUGAGGGCUCACGACGGCAUGAGCUGCCUGCACGCCGCGGCACACGUGGGUCACAACCAUGUGGUGGCCUGGCUGUUGACCCACACCGACGUGAACCCAUCCUGCCAAGACCAGGACGGUGCCACCGCGCUGCAUUUUGCCGCGAGCAGGGGGCACUGUUGUGUCUUGGAGCGGCUGCUUUGCGCCGGGGCGAAGAUCUUGAAGGACUUGUGGGGCGGGACUCCGUUGCACGACGCAGCUGAGAACGGAGAGAUGGAGUGCUGCGAACGCCUGCUGGCCAGCCAGGCUGACCCCUCAGACAGAGACGUGGACGGGUUCACCCCCGCCCACCUGGCCCACUACAACGGACACCACCAGUGCGCCAGAUACCUGCGAGCCCAGGAGAACAUUGCCGCCAUCCCAUCAGUGCAGGAAGACGACAAGAAGAAGGCCGUGAACAUCAUGGACACCUUAAAGCAACCUGAGAACGAGGAGACUGUGGCGGCUAGGUACCCUCAACCUUCCAAGAGCCUCAUCCCGCACAUCGAGAAAGUCCAAACCGCCACUUCUGUGAUUAAAAGUUUACAUCAGCCAAAGAGGCCGUCGCCCGACGCCAACAACCUCCUCGCCGACAGGAAGCUCCUCGGGGACAUGAAACCCAUCGCCUCGCUCAAGCAGUCCUCCCUUUCGGAUGUCUUCACCGGACAAGCCAGUAAGAUUGUGGUGCUGCCCAGCGAGGAGGCCAACCUGGCGGACAUGGACCACCUGGUGCCCAGCCACGACGAGAAGGGCCGGCCCAUCGCCGAGUGGAAGCGGCAGGUGAUGGUGAGGCAGCUGCAGGCCCGAUUGCUCGACGAGGAGGACCAGAGGUGGAGGGAGAACGGCCAGAGCUUGUCCAAAGUCAACUGGCGCUACUCGCAGGCCCACAACGCCAUCCUGGGCCCGUCGGGCGAGCUCCUGACUGAGCACGACCUGGUCUACCUGGAGGAGCAGAUCGCCAGCGUGACACUGCGCCGCCACGCCGGCGAGGGCUACGAGCCGGAGCUGGCGCGGCUGGCCGACGAGCUGCGCCAGAUCCUGCCGGCGCCCAUCGUCAACAUCAGCGCCCACGCCCGUUUCGCCGACCCGGCCGGACGCCCGCCGCUGCUGCCCGGCUGGUGCGGCCGCAUCUCGGGCAUCGUCAAGAGCAUGUCGUUGCUCAUGAGCGACCUGGCCGAGCAGCCGCACUGCAAGAUGCCCGACAGCCAGCUGGCCAGCGUCUUCUCGCAGGCGCCCGAACGGCGGCCCUCCGGCAGGGGCCGCCGCCAGAGGAUCGAAGACGAGAUCCAGCGCUUCGGCGUGUCGGUGAGGACGCUCAAGUCCAAUUUCGAGACGCAAAACGAGCCAGAGGACGCGGAAGAAUCCUUGUCUGCCUUGACUCCAGCUCCGGAACCCGAGGGGAAGGCGCCUUGUGUGGUGGAGAGCACCAGCCUCAGGAAGGAGCGCAUCGUGGUGCUCUUCCUGGGACACUGGAAGAAGUCGGCCUACGCGGUGACACUCAAGAGCAAAGACGCCGCGGAGAGGAAGAAGAGUGGGGACGGUGGCGGUGGCGGUGGCGCGGAGAACGGCCGGGCCAAGAUGAUCAACGGCUCCUUGGGACACUUCUUCAAGCAGAGGAGCGCCGUCAACAAGAUGCUGGGCAACUGGAGGAGGAUGAUCUCCAGCGUGCCUUCGCGACAGUUACGAAGGCUCCACAGGCAGCAAGCCCUCUACUCCCCGGAACAGUUCCUCCACCGCGUGGACGGAGUGCCGCUGGAAUACGACCAGCUGACUCUGGACCUCUUCAUGCUGGGCUACUUCCACAUCCUGGAGCUAGACCUACCGGUGGACGAGCGCAAGAUGAGGCACCUCCUGUGCUUCGAAGUCUUCGACCACGUGGGCAGCUUCCCCUGGGAGCUGGUGCGCGACUUCCACAAGGCCGUCAUCCGGGACAUCGAGGCCGGCGACCGCGAGUGGAAGGACGGCUUCGAGGACCUCAAGCUCAAGUUUUUCAGUGAGGUGGCUGCUGUGUCCGAGGAGGGCAAGCCGGACGUGCGCCAGCUUCCGGAGAGUCGACCUCUCCCGAAGGUCAUCGUGCAGACGCCCACGCCGGACGAGGGCUCGGACUACGCCGGGACCGAUAUCUCCUGUUUCAGCAACGAGGAGAUAUGCCAAUACAUCGAUCGCAGUUUUGCCUUUUGGAAGGAGAAGGAGGCGGAAAUUUUUGAUUUUGAGUAGUUGCUCCAGUUUUCAUCAUUGAUACAAUCCAUUUUAUCUAUACUGUCGGCACCUUUUAUGGGCACUUGAGGACACCGUACAAAGCGUAAAACCUGACGUACAGUGAACCCCCGUUUAUUGCGGGGGAUACAUUACAAUGGAAGUAGGUGAAAUUACACCAUGUACUGGAGAGAGACAAAAUAUAAAACUUUUAAAAUACUUUUACCUCUCAAACAAAUGUCAACUUAUUGAAUUACACUUAAACUUCUUAAAAUGCACUUUUUAAAGUAUUCCUUAAUGCCUCUUCUAAUGCUAACAUAUGAUUCCAAAUGCAAUAGAUGGCCCAACUGAAAUUAGCAUCGAUGCUAUGGUAAUUAUAAACUUUCAAACGACUGCUUCACACACGGAGCAGCAACACAUUAAACAGACCAUACACCGGUUCACAGGACUAUUUAGAAUUGACUUUUAACAAUAAUUGGUUGAAUAAAACAGAACAUUCAAGAAGCAAUAAAAAAAAAAAUCAUACUCAUUGGUCUUUUUGGAUUGGGGAACUGAGACUCAGUGCUAAUCAGACUGCAAAUCGUGAUUAAAAAUGGUUAAACAGGCGAGGACUGGACAUUGCUUGGUCAAUAUGGUAUAGUCAUUAACAUUAUAGCUAAUCUGAUGUGGAAACAUCCAGAAUCAACAUUGGCACUCACACGGGAGACAAAAAUAUUUUGAAUACCAGCGCUACGACUCCUGCGGUCAUCACAGGCUUGAGUACAUACGGCACUGAAGCUUGACAUGGAUGCCGUUAGUCCCAUCAUGCUGAGAGUUUGUUUACUGUUCGCAGUGUUUCCUGACAUUUAUUGAUUGAGCCAA